UACUGGUGGAGUCACACAUACAUUCCUCCAGAGCUGCACUCUGUAUUCUGCUGGUGGAGUCACACAUACAUUCCUCCAGAGCUGCACUCUCUAUUCUGCUGGUGUAGUCACACAUACAUUACUCCGGAGCUGCACUCUCUAUUCUGCUGGUGGAGUCACACAUUACUCCAGAGCGGCACUCUCUAUUCCUCUGUGUACACGAUGCUGUUCCUCCGGUUCGCACAUCCAGCGGUGACGUCUCCCGGCGCGCCCCCGGCUCUGCUCAGUGACAGGCGCGGCCCCAGCGCUGACUCCUCCCGGAGGAGGGGAUCCCGGGUGUCUCGGUGCUCGGCGUCCGGCGCUGGCCCCCGAUGGCGGCGGCGCCCCCCAGUAAGAGCGUCCGGUGGCUGCAGGAGUCCCUGGAGUCUGGCGGGAGCGGCCUCUUGCUUCUGGACUGCCGCCCCCAGGAGCGCUACCAGGCGGCUCACAUCGAGGCGGCCGUCAGCGUCACAGUCCCCGGCCUGAUGCUGCGCCGCCUCCGCACAGGCAGCAUGUCCGUCCGCUCAGUCAUCGCUAGCGACGCUGAGGCCUUCUCCCGCCGACGACAGGCCGACACCGUGCUGCUGUACGACGAGGCGACGCUGGACUGGCCGGACAACCAGAGCUCCGUGCUCGGCCUCCUGCUCCACAAGCUGCGGGAAGACGGCUGCCGAGCCUACUACCUGAGAGGUGGAUACAGUAAGUUCCAGAGGGAGUAUCCGGAGCAUUGUGAGCACGGCCUGGAGAUCCCCUCCCCCACCGAUCCAUCCCCGGACUCUUUGCUCAGGUUGGGCAGUUUAAGAAUAAGUUCAGAAGGUUCCGAUGGCGAAUCUGAUCGAGAACCCAACAGUGCGACUGAAUCGGAAGGAAGCCCCGCCCUCACUAACCAGACCACAUUCCCCGUCCAGAUCCUUCCAUAUUUGUUCCUAGGCUGCGCAAAAGAUUCUGCCAACUUGGAUAUAUUGGCAAAAUAUAACAUCAAAUACAUCCUGAAUGUGACGCCAAACCUGCCCAAUACAUUCGAACACAACGGAGAAUUUAAGUACAAGCAGAUCCCCAUCUCCGAUCACUGGAGCCAGAAUCUGUCUCAGUUCUUCCCGGAGGCCAUUUCGUUCAUUGAUGAGGCUCGUUCCAACAAGUGUGGGAUCCUCGUCCAUUGUCUGGCAGGAAUCAGCCGCUCGGUCACGGUCACCGUGGCGUACCUCAUGCAGAAGCUCAACCUCUCUCUGAACGACGCCUACGAUUUUGUGAAGAGGAAAAAGUCAAACAUCUCGCCAAACUUUAACUUCAUGGGACAGUUGCUGGACUUCGAAAGGACCCUGGGAUUGAAAAGUCCCUGCGACAUCCGGUCUCCCACAAACCAGCUGUACUUCACCACACCAACCAAUAACAAUCUCUUCCAGCUGGACAGCCUGGAGUUCACAUGAUCUAGUAACUCCUCCGGUCCAUGUGUGGUGGGGGAGCAAUGGAUGAUGAGUAUCUUGUAUGUUCACCUUCUGUAAGUUCUUUCCUUUUGUAUCUGAGAAACGGAGCAGAAGUCUCUUCCGGUUUUCAUCUUGCACUUAACAAAUCGACGUUGAGACCCGUAUAGAAGCAAAGGUCUAUUUUUUAUUUUUAUAUUCUAGGCAGUUCCUGUCUUUACUUAUAGCGAAGUUCCUUUCAUCAGGGAUCAGUGGGACCCGAUAGGUGCCAGAUUAUUAGAUUCUUGUUGGAAGGAAUUUCACUGAAAAUAUAGAUAUUAGAGCAGCUUCCUGCUCUAGAAAACUGCUCUGCUAUGAAGUCAUUCCAUGUUCACUGCAUGGUGUCUGCAGAGACGUUCUAGAGCGUGCAGGUGCUCCUAUGGGUGAAGGGUAAAUAAUAUUUGACUAAUCGGUUAAUAAUAUUAGGUGGGUGAUUUUGUUAAUCAGAGUUUUCUAUUUUUUUUCUACGAGAAGAUCCCUGAAACUAUUCUAUUCUUUCUUUUCUAUUUGUACAUUAUAUAUUUUUGGUAUUUUUUUUUUUUUUAUAAGCCAAAUGUUU